AUGGGCGGCGCAGGGGGCUACCGCUCCGUGGCGUACUUUGUCAACUGGGCCAUCUACGCGCGGGGCCACCGGCCGCAGGAGCUGCCAGUGGAGAAGUUGACGCACGUGCUGUACGCGUUCGCCAACGUGCGCGGGGAGGGGGCUGGGGCCGAGGUGUUCCUGACUGACUCGUGGGCCGACACGGACAUCCACUGGGACGGCGACAGCUGGAACGACAGCGGCACCAACUUGUACGGCUGCCUCAAGCAGCUCAACCUGCUCAAGCGCCGCAACCGCAACCUUAAGGUUCUGCUGUCCAUCGGCGGCUGGACCUACAGCAGCGCCUUCGCCGCGCCCGCCUCCACCCCGGCCGGGCGCGCCGCUUUUGCCGCGAGCGCCGUGCAGUUGGUCGCGCAGCUCGGAUUCGACGGGCUGGACAUUGACUGGGAGUAUCCGCAGUCGGCGGACGAGGCGGCGAACCUGGUGGCGCUGCUGGAGGAGUGCCGGGGGGCGCUGGACCGGUACGCGGCGUCCGUUGCACCAGCUGGCACGGCACCGUACCACUUCGAGCUGACGGUGGCGUGCCCGGCGGGGCCCAAGAACUACGAGAGGCUGGACCUGGCGGCGAUGGACCGGGUACUUGAUUUUUGGAACCUGAUGGCGUACGACUACGCGGGGUCGUGGGACAGCGUGGCGGGCCACCAGGCGAACCUGUUCCCGUGCGCGUCGAACCCGGCGUCGACGCCCUUUAGCACUGUCGCUGCUGUCGACUACUACGCCGCGCACGGCGUGGCGCCUGACAAGAUCGUCCUGGGCAUGCCGCUGUACGGGCGCGCGUUCGAGAACACGGACGGCCUCGGCAAGCCCUACCAGGGCGUCGGCCAGGGCACCUGGGAAGCGGGCGUGUACGACUACAAGAAGCUGCCGCACGAGGGCGCCGCGGAGCACUACGACGAAGAGUCGGGCGCGAGCUACUCGUACCAUACCGGGACCAGGACUCUGGUGAGCUAUGACACGGUCCGCAUGGCGCGGCAGAAGGCUGAGUAUAUCAAGAGCCGGGGGCUGGGCGGCGGCAUGUGGUGGGAGAGCAGCGCCGACAAAGCAGGACCCGAGAGCCUGAUUGGCAAUGUUGUGGACGUGUUGGGCGGGCCGCAGUCGUUUCAACACUUGGACAAUUGCAUAUCGUACCCAAACACAAAGUACGACAACCUGAAGAACGGGUUUCCCAGCAAUUAG